UUUCCCAGUCAAGAAAAUAUGGUGAUAGCAUUGGCUCGACAGCGGGACAUGAGAUGCUCGAUGUAUUGUUUUAUUGUGUAGCCGAAUACUUUAGUGAAGUAUUCCACGCGUCUCGUUCUUGUGACUUUGAUGAAAACCCGCCUAAGCCGUCGUAUUGACGAGUUUAAGUCAGCUCUGCUGCGCAUCUGUCGAACCGAUGUGGUUGGGGGUCCCUCGUAUUCAGUUUAACGCCAACAACCGGUCUCCCCACCAACACCAGUUAGAUCGCAGCGCGCCGACCAGAAAUAGACGUGUAUAUAGAGACGACGAGCAAGCUCACCUUCCCACAAUACCGUCGUAUACCUGCUGGAGUAUACGCACACCCAACAGCCAGUUUGACGGCUACCGCCGUUUCUAGCGGACGCGUUUUUCUGGUGCAUUGUUCAAUGUGGUUUAAUUCACAUGUGCAUCAGAGAGCAACCAGUUGAGCAAGGAUAAACUAUCUUGUCGGCCGGUCUGCUGUAAAGGAUGGAGAAGUAAAACAGACAUUUGUUGACAGACAGGGGUUGUUUUUUUUCUCUCUCUCUCUCUCUCGCCGACUUUUCCUGGUUUCUGACUAGUUAAACGCGUGGGCGGGUGCAGGCGUCGAACGUUGCAGUGUCACUUCCACGUUUUGCAAGUGGACGGCAAGGACAUAUUAGUGCGUCGAUGUUUUUAGAAGAGAGACUACAGCAAUUUAAGGAUUUACUUGCAAUUACGGACUGACGCCGAAGAACUGUACUAGGUCAAAGAAUCGAUUUCUCUUAAGGCGAAGCAGCUAGUGAGCAUCAUCGUUUCAGGUGAGGGCUAGAGAAGUAAUCCAGAGAAUAACGGGUUGUUGGGUUGUUCGAUGACACGUGGUUUGCAUUAGGAGUCAAACCCGUGUACACGUUAGACCGGCUAGGGAGGCAGCCAUCAUCGCAGGGGAUCUAAGAUUAUCCAUCUAAUACUACUGUGUCGCCAUGGAGGGGAUCUACUACAUUGUCAAGAUGACAGCAGUCCUGGGAGUCACAUCGUUCUUUGUCACAACAGUUGGCGCCCAAACGAAAUGCAGUGAAGCAAAACAUGACCUCCCUCACGUGUGUCAGCACAUCACGUUACGGCAACCCACGGGUUUACUGGUAACGGGCGGCGAUCAGAGCACUGGUAACUGCAGUUGCCGGGUCAUACCGAAGAACAGUACGGACCAGGACGUUGCGUUGUCGGUGACACCGCUCCACCCGGAGUCAUCGCGUCGGUUGUACGAGGCGACGUGUAACCUCAGGAUUAACAUAUUCCGACACACCCGCCGACGAAACGGCACCAGUUGUCCGAUAUUCAGCCAAAAGUACGCCAUCAACAGCGGCAACCCCAUCACGGUGGAGUUCAUGCACGACAAGUCCAAACCUCAGACUGAAUACUGUGUCCACUAUUCUAUCCCAACUUCACGUGUCAACGAGGUAGAGAUUGUCUGUAAUAACGGUACCAUACCGUUUGAAGGUAUAGCCAAUCCUGGAGAGGAAGAUGUGUCCAUAUUAGAAAGCAAAGCAUUUAUCAUUGGAGUUUCUGUCGCAGGAGGAAUUCUUUUAUUGCUAAUCAUCAUUAUUAUUGUGAUAACUUGCAGGCGAAAGAGUCAACACCGAGAUGACUGCGUCAUGACAAGGUAUGAGCCAAGCAAUUCUAAGGAUCGCACGUCGCCUGACCGUGGGGUCACUGUAGUCCCUCUCUUGAAGUACAAUGCGAUGCCUGACCACAUGGAUCAUGGCCCUGUACCUACCCCAAGAACCACUAGCCUGGGCAACUCCAGCAAAGACUACCCCAUCGUGCCACAAGAGUCGCAGAAAGUCAACCAACAGCUGCAGCGCUACCCCAGCAUCAAAGCUGAUCAAAACGACCACACCCAGAUACCCAUCGUCCUGGCCUCACCGGGGAGAGACCCGUCCGACCCCAGCGGAAAACGGAUGACUUACCUGGAGGUAGACGUAUCCCAGGUAUCCCCAGGGGCAAUCAAAGUCAAGGUCAGAGGAGCUCCGCCCAAGACAGAUCACCCACAAAUCGGCUACAAGAACUGAAGGUGCAGGUAUUUUUACAACGGAGUUUGAAACAAGAUUGAUUGUUCAGCAGUCAUGCGUACUGGGAUGCGCAGAAUCUUGGAUAUCGUGCGGGGAUCAGAUCCACUAAACGAUUUUAGUGACGGGAUUAUCUUACCAGCAAUGCCCAUAUAUACUGUUGAUAUAUAAAAAAGUGACUUAAGUUAACAUCAUUUUAGCCAACAAAAUGAUUUGAGGAACAAGAUACUGUCUACAAUAUGUUCGCGAUCUGAACUUAUGUAAUAGUUUCUGACUGCAAAAGCAAGGUUGUUGAUUAUUCGUAAUAUGGGAAAUUCACAUUGGUGGAUUCAUUAUCUAGUGCACCUGAUAUUGGUUGAAACAUCUUUUGCAGCGAUGUUGCAAGAAAAGGUGAAUAUCUACCGGUAAAGAAAUAUCAUAUGCUUUGCCUGUAUGUAAUAAGUAUGUGUGUUCCUCAAAACUUGUAUAUUCAAGAUGUUAUGAUAUUAUCUGGACUAAUGUAUCCUCUCCGGUCGUACGUGGGAAGGGCUGGCCGCAAUCUGCAGAUGGUCUUGGAUUUCCUCCGGGCUCUGUCCCAUUUCCUCCCACCAUUAUGCUGGCCACCGUCGUCUAAGUGAAAUAUUCUGGAGUACGAUGUAAAAAUCCAAUGAUAUAAGUAAACAAGCGGUAAUAACUAGACCACUAAGCAUAUACAUUUUGGUGAUCAUUGCUGAUUAGACAAGGCGUCAUCUUCCUUCACCACGCGCCAACAGACUAUUCCUAUUUUAUAAUGUUACGUAAAUAUGCAUUCCAUGUCACGCAUGAUCUCGCGGGAACGCGAUCAUUCAUUGCCAUUGUCAUUUCACGCCUACACAAAGAAAUUCAUUCAAAGUAAAACACCCAUAGCAUUCUGAGACUAGAUCUGAGAAUAGCUGAAACGCCAAAAUAACUCUAUACAACAGUAAGAUCCUCUUAGUUAAAGGUAUAGUAAGGUUUAGCUACGUUUUUGGAUUUUAAAAUAACUUUAACAAGGGAGACCACUAAGUAGUUGUAUCCACAAUCAGUGAUAGACGGAAGAGCCUUUCACUGAUAAGCCAAAUUAAUACAUUAUAUAGUACCAAAGCCAUUAAUAUACUUGAUAUACCAUAUUCUGUCUCAGAUUCUUUAAAGACGUUCGUUUUCUUAUAUAUAUAUAUAUGUAUGACGAUGUAACACGACAUUUUGUCAGGUAGCAAUAGUUCGACAAUCUACGUCAUGGUCACGAUGGAAUAUUGUUGUGUUUGGGUUUGACCUAUUGCUCUUGAUUAUGCCUGAUUUAUUAGAAGCCUUCACAGCUGCAAGAAAAGUAACAGUGAGAAAUUAUUGUUAAAGAAGUUACCUUAUAGUCAAGUGGCGCUGAUAUCAAGGAGGUAUAUUUUUUGUUUGGGGAUUUGACCUGUUUUGCUAUUGAUUACGUCCCAUUUACUGUAAAGCGGCCAUAAUGGCAACAUUUGAUGUUUAUGAUGAAACUAGGAUAAUGUGUCCUUAAGCCAAAUACGAUGCUCAUUUCUGACGCUAAAAUCCAUUCUUAAAUUGACGAAUUAUAUCAAAAUCGUGUAUAUAUAUGAGUUCAUUUAUACAAUAUUUUGUUUUCUAAUUAUUCAUUUGUUUGAGUGUUCAUUUAUUAUCAGAAAUGUUAGUCAUUAUAUGAUUGUAAAUAUACCGAAGAUCUGACAAUUGAAUGUUGUAAGAUGCCCCUUCGAUGUUUUAUAGAUGUUUGGUUUCUUUGAAUAAUAAUUAGAAAUUCUUGAUGUUAUAGCUUCCUUAGAGUUUCAGCUAGUUUGCAAAGCAAUGUUUUAUAAUUUUCAUUAACACUUUUGUAGUAAAUUGUGUUGAACCAGUUUUGCAAUGCCGCGUUAUAAUGUUUCAGAAGGCUGUUUAAAGGAGAAGACUUCCUCUCAUGUCCGUGUUAGAGGAUCGUCCAAACCUUACCUUAUUAGAAAAUUCAGUAGCUAAUUACCCAAUAAAAUUUCAUUCAGCCACAUUGUUCCAGAACUGAGAUCUGUUAUCAGUAAAGUAGAUAUAAAAAGUUUACACUCAACUCUGUCCUAAAUUGUGUGAAUUCCUCGAAGUCAAGGCAAAAAAUGUAUACAGAAGUACAAUGUCCUCCGCAGUUUAAAGCUUAAUAAGUUAUGCUGCAUUAUUAUACGUUUCCGAUCAGUUACCAUCCAGAUUUGUGUCCAAAUAUAUUUUAAAACGUGUAACUUGUGGAUUACCGUUACAUAAAGAUUAUUACAUAUUUAUAGAAACUUUUAGUGAGUUGACAUUAAAGGAGAAGAAAAUUUUAAUAUCAAUCAAAUACCAUUGAAAAAAGUAUGUAUUUCCUUGCAGGUGCAUGCCAUAAAAAUUCUAAUAUGUACCUCAAGUUGAUAAAUUAUAAAUAAAGUCAGCGCCAAAAUCCGCUGUGGCGACUCCAGUUUGCGUAAGGCCUAGCCCUGAAGUCUUCUGUGUUAGGUGGAGAAUUGCCGUCGGAAACUGCCGAAGUGCAGUUCGUACAUUUCCGGUAGAACCCUUCUUCCCAGAAGGUACUGUUGUACAGUUCGUUUUCCGCUUGACGAUCGGGAAACCGGAAUAUUGGACGUAGGUUCCGAGUUUACACGAACCAGCCGGCAGUUUUAACGACUCUCACUGGCUGAGAGGCAACACACCCCCAGCAUAAAUUACAGGGUGUUAAAGAUGGAGGACGCGAUGGGCUCAGCGAUUUAUGCCAGCUUUGCCGUUUUCAAGCUUUACGUGUAUGGCGAGGUAAAAUUAUGCAGCAGGCACCACCAGAUAGAAAAAAUGUGCUCUUUUCAGCCCAUAGUGUCAUGUUUUUAAGUUUUCUUCUCCUUUAAGAACUUGAAAUAUUUUGACUGCGACAGGCAGCUGUGCAGGUGGAUCGAUAUACCUGCCUGUUUGUCUGUGGGUCGGUAAAAUUUUCGACAUCCGAUCUAUUAACGUAGGCCAGUCACUUAACGAGGGGCCUCAUGCAAGAUGACUUGAUCUUUAUAUGGUACUAGCUACUGCGCCAAUUGUUCAUGGAUAUCUUUUUUACUGCCGUCUUCUCACGACACGUUGACUGUUCUAUUUACAUAGAAAUAAAUAUAUUCAGAGAAUA